GGCAUCCGGCGUUUCAUGUCGAUAACUGGCAACGAUAUAUAUAAGUGCGAACGAACAUACCGUCCACUUUGUUCAUCCCCGGUCUCUUGCUUGACAUGUAUCCCGUCGGCGUAGGCUCCUCCUUUUAUCUCCUCUUGCACUCUCUUCAUCUGCCCUGGUCAUUCCCAUACUCCCUCGCCUGCCCCCUCAUCUCCCUCGUCGCCCUUCUCUGUCUUUCGCUCAGGGUCAAGAGACCGAGCAAACCAAACACCGCUCCAGUCACCCUCCCCGGCCUUCGCAUUUUUUCAAUCCUGCCCUUUUUCGGCCAACGUCAUGACUUUCUGAGCCAUGGGUUCCGUGUGACAGGACAGAAUGUCUUUCAAUUCAAUCUCUUGCGCAACCCGGUACUGGUGGUCUCUGGAGAGAAAGGCAGGAGAGAUUUCUUCAAUGCCAAGGGACUGGACCUCCAGGAGGGCUUCAGAGUCCUCUCGGGUGCACUCCCAUUUGUGACGGGCAUAACCUCCGACCUUCGUCAAAAGAGGAUAAACCAAAUAUACAAGCGGCUGGGUUCCGCACAACACACCGAACGCCUUGAGAACCUGAUACCCGCUAUUUUGGGCGAUUGUCGGAACAUCAUGGAUUCCUGGGGCAAGUCAGGCUCUUUUGACCCGUUUAACACUGUGUACGAGGUCGUCUUCCAAACCACCGUCCGCGCCCUUACGUGCUCCGAAAUAGCCAACGACCCACUCGUCGUCGCCCGUCUCCGAAAACUGUACGACCAAGUCGACCGGGGGACUACGCCCGCGACGGUACUCUUCCCCUGGUUUCCAAGCCCCGCGAUGAUCAGGAAAGCGUCGGCGACGAAGCAGAUUUACGAUAUCGUCGUGAAGGCUGUCAAUGUGAGGAAACAGAACGGGGUGAUGCAGGACGAUAGUUUGCAGAUGCUGCUCAAUGAGGGAGAUGACCAUGCUAUGAUCGUUGGGUUCAUUAUGGGACUAGUGAUCGCAGGCGCACGCUCAACAGGUACAAUAGCCUCGUGGCUGAUCACUUUCCUCGGCUGUCAUCCGACUUGGAGAAUGAAAGCGCUGGAGGAGGUCCGAGGGCUGCUGCUGCUUGCCGCCACGCAGUCGCAGUCGACGCAUGCAGGUGAUAGCCCCCAAGUUGACUCAUCACAUUCGACUACCACUCCGAAGCCGAGGACGCCCUCCGAAUCCGAAUCUUAUCCCUCCUCGAAUCACCCGCGACAACCCGAACCCAUCACCGUCCUUCCUCCACCCCUCCCAUCCUCCUCCUCCUCCACCUCCUCCUCACCUCCUCCACCACGAACCCCGUCCUCAGCCUACACCGCCCUCUCCUCCAUCCCCCUCUCCACCUGGGAAUCCUCCACCCCCAUCCUCGACUCCCUAAUCCGCGAGACCCUCCGAAUCGCGCAACCACACGUCGCGAUGCGGCGCAACGUCGGGCCCGAGGUUUAUAUCGACGGGAAGGCGCUGCCCAGUGGCGCUUUUGCGGUUUAUCCGUUUAGUGAUGUGCAUUUGAAUGAGGGGAUUUAUGAGGAGCCGUGGAGGUUUGAUCCGGGGAGGUGGGAGGGAGGCAAGGAGGGGGGGAAGGAGGGGAAGGAGAAGGGGGAGUUUGGGUAUAUUGGUUGGGGCGGAGGUCGCGUGAAUUGCCUAGGAAAACGCCUGGCGCAAUUGGAGAUCAAGCUUAUCGCGGCGAUGUUCGUGCUCAGUUUCGACUUUACGAUCGUCGACGCGACGGGGAAAGCGGCGGACCCACAUCCGCGUCCGAAUUGGAACGAUAUACUUGCGUGUCGACCGACGAACGGAGUGUUUGCGCUCAGAUAUGAGAGCGCAGGUGCUGAUGCUGGUGGUCAAGGCAAGCCCGGAAGCGGGGAGUCGUCGGUCUAGAUUCGUGGGACUGACCGACUUUGGGCCAUGGGUAUGCGCGAACCACACGACUUUGCAUAGCUGUGGAGGGUACAUAUCAUGACCGUAUCGUCUUACCAGCGAGCCUGCGAACGAGCGAUACAGGACCGGAACACAAUGCAUUCGUCGUGCCUUGUGUGCCCGGGACGACGUAACAUGACAUGACAUGAUGGUGGGGUUUACGACAACCACUGUUCAUGGCUGUGUUCGUGGUCGAACUCGUUUUCGGUUUCGUUCCUAGUUGUUUGCCCCUUGGAUCAUUCUUCCCCGUUAUGUCAAUGCGCAGCUCUCUUCUAUCUUUUUUUUUUCUCAUUACUUACUGCCACCCCUGACGUUGACCUUCACUUUUUGACUGUUAUUGUUACUGUAAUGGUGUCGUCGCUGAUCUUGACUUUCGUAGACUUCUCUCUUCGGAUUUCGGAUUUGAUUCGCAUUCGGUCCACAAAGUAUCUCAUUCCCCAUUUACCACUAUUUUUCUCAUCCCCAUUUGCUCGCAUCUAUCUCAAUCUCAAUCUCCAUCCCAUCUCCAUCUCAGCAUUCAUUUAUUGACCUAUUACUAUGUUCCGAAUCUCCUCUCUGCUACUCUCUAUCAUCUUGUCUUGUCUGCCUAUGUCGCCGCUGUCCCAUCGCCAUCGACAUUUAGCACGCCUCAUUCUUAUACUGCGUACCCAGUCUGCCGUUCCCUCUUUCUUGAAAUCUCUCUCAUCUCGGUAUCCAUGUUUCUCUCUUCUCUUUUCUCUUUCCCAUUUUCGUUUAUUCAUCGGGUUUUCCCAGCAGCUUUGGCUUUAGGUUGUAUGCCGUUGCUUCUAUAUUUAUCCCUUUCUACCCCUUCAACUUUCUCAUCCCACCUUACCCCUUCCCAUCCCCUGCAAUCCCAUGGUUCACAUUUUCCUGCUUCUUUUUUCUCCUCAAUCUCUUCGCCCCCUGCUCCCAUCUCGGCUACGUUGUUCACCGACCAUCGUUUCUCACUCACUCUGAGUUUCUUGCUGUUCCGGUCGAGCCUCUACCACUACCACCACUACCACCAGCGCCGACCAUCUUCCCAGAUCAAUCGCUUUCUCUGAUCUGCCUAUCCAUCCAUCCUAUUUA